AAAUGCAAUCGGCCGAUAAUGAGCAGUUUAAUCAGAAACUCGGACAGUUAUUGGAUCGUGUCGAUGGUUUAAAAACCAAUACCUUGAUUCUUAAAGCCGUGUCAGAUAGCAACGGUGAUGGAAAAAUUGAUGCUGCAUAUUUCCCCAAUCGGCAGUUGAAAAUGCAGCAAGAUAUGCUGAAUCGUGUGGUAUGGCAGUCACGAACACGUAUUGCUAACCGUGUUUAUGCCGAGCUCCCAAUCAGCUUGGAAACUGAACAGAAUGUAGACCUUGCGAUGUUGACGGCUGACUUGGUAAAGAAUAAUAGCUCGAUUGAAGGGUUAAUGUUGGAUACGGGUUCGAUGCUAGACUGCGCGAUUGGUCAGCAAAAAUGGACUCCUAAUUGCGAAGCUCAAGUAAAUCGCGUCUUCAAAAUCAAAGAGCGAACCAAGGAGCAGGCAAAGUACUAUGCCAAUAUCAGUAAUAAUUACCAAACAGCGCUGAAAGUUAAUUUAGAACAAACCCAAUUUAGCGACUACUAUUUUGGUUUUGCAUUUUUAUAUCCACUCUUUAUGGCUUGGCUAUGGAUUGCAGGCGGAAUAUGGUUCUAUUUAAAACGUGAAUAUCGGGAGAAUGAUGUUCCACAACCAAGUGAGCAUGCCUGUAGUAUUUUGAUUCCUUGUUUCAAUGAAGAAGAUCAAGUUCGAGAAACCAUUAAAUACGCCAUGCAAACGCAAUAUCCUGACUUUGAAGUGAUUGCGAUUAAUGAUGGCAGUAGCGAUAAAACCGCUGAAAUUCUAGAUGAGUUACAGCAAACCUACUCACGUUUACGUGUGGUGCAUCUGGCUGAAAACCAAGGAAAAGCUUAUGCACUAAAAGCGGGAGCUAUGGUCAGUCAGCAUGAAUAUCUGAUUUGUAUAGAUGGUGACGCUUUAUUGCACCCACAUGCUGUGCUAUGGAUGAUGCACCAUUUAACACGAUUUCCACGUGUGGGGGCUGUGACGGGGAACCCUCGAAUUAUCAACCGUUCAAGUAUUUUAGGCAAAAUUCAGGUCGGUGAGUUCUCAUCUAUUAUUGGUCUCAUUAAACGUUCACAACGGACUUAUGGUCGGAUCUUUACAGUGUCUGGGGUAUUGGUCGGAUUC